AUGUCAAUGGCCGAAGACCUGUAAGAAUUCGACUGCUUGUUCAAGAUCGUCCUGAUCGGCAAGAGCUUCGUGGGCAAGAGCAAGAUCUUGCUGCGCUAUCUCAAAAACGAGUACACUCCGGAAGGGAAAUCGACAAUCGGGGUGAGGUUUGCCACCAAGAUUAUGAACAUCGACGGCAGCCGGAUCAAAGUCCAGAUUUGGGACACCUUCGGAAACGAGAGGUUCAAGUCCUUGUCAAAAGUGUAUUUCCGAGGGGCGGUGGGAGCUGUCCUCGUUUACGAUAUUACCAGCGAAUAGUCGUUUCUGGAGCUGCCGGAAUGGCUGAAGCAGCUCGAGGAGAAUAUUAAUAAGAAUGAAAUUGUGGUGAUGCUGGCCGGUAAUAAAUGCGAUCUGGAAUAAGAGCGGGAGGUCAAACUUGAGCAGGGAAUGGAAUUCGCAGAGAAAAAUGGUAUGGGCUUUUAUGAGACAUCUGCCAAAGAAAACAAGAAUGUCGAGAACAUGUUCCGCAAACUCAUCGAGUAGAUCUACAAGCAGAUGAUCAAAGCCAGUCUCUACAAAAAGGUUCUCCGAUCGCUGCGCAACAAGAGCCGUGAUAACUACUUGCAGGCCGACGGUAUCUCACUUUCCCACAAGGACUACGGUAAUUUCCUGCGCAACUUGCAGUACUACAAACGCAACAAAUUCAACCCAAACUACAACACCUUCGUGCUGGCAGGCCACCGGGAUGGCAAGAGCUACAUCAGCACCGUGGAUAUGUACGGUGAUGAUUUCGAGCAGGAUAGUGCGCUGACUGGGAUGGGCAGGUAUUUUGGGACUGCGAUCCUGAAUAACCAAUGGAACAAGGACUGCUCGGAAUAG